AAGACAAGCGGUUUCGUGCGAAAAGUAGCCAGCAAAAAAAGGCAAAAAUAUAAAAAAUAAUGAUUUUAAUAUUGGUUGGCCAAUUAAAAAAAUACCAACAUUUAACAGAAAUUCACAGCAAAAUAAAAACUCGCUGUAAUAAUAUGCGUCGUAUAAGAGAAUGAGUUUGUGUUAACAACAAAGAUUCGUCUAAAGGAUAUAUGGAAGGCGUUGCUCUCAAGGACUUUGUUUAAAAAUUUAUAUAAAGUUGCAGUGACUUCAGCCACAGACAGCUGCGUCCAAUUCAACGACAAUUGAUCAACGAGCGUUUGGUUUCUUUUCUACCCCUCAGUGUCAGUUAGACAAUCAAACCUCGAGGUAUUCAGUCGAGCCAGCCGUUAGACAUCAAUACAGUGAAAUUUCAAAUCGAGACUCUGUGUCCGCUCAAGCGUGUUUAUUAACUGUAAUUUGUGACUACAGAAAAACAAAAACCAACAAAAAUCAUUAAAAAGCGAUAUAAAAUUUGAAACUUGUUUCAUAAAAAAAAAUAUAAAAAAAAAUCUACACAAAAUCCAAAUAUGUUUUUUUUGGAGAAACAAAUAGAGAAAUAAACGAAAUAGCAAAACUUUGUUUCACAUUUCUAAGUGUGUUCUAAAGCGUGCAAAUGAUAAAGGUCAUAUAACGUUUCAGACGAAAAUUGUAUUUCUGGUAUGGUGGAUUAAUCAUCGUCAGCUUUGCCGUCUUGGAGAAACUUUACUGAGAACAAACAAAAAAAAUAUACAUAGUGAACUAAAUAAAGCAAAAUAUCAAAAAAUAAAACGCAUACAGCGGCUUAUAAAACUCGGGUUAACGCAUUUUAAAUGGAAAACCAAACAAAUCUAAGCUGAACAACUUAACAACAAUAACAAUGCCAGACAGUUCAUUAAAAAAUAGUAUUUGCACAACAAUAUGAGGAAGCUGUAAUUGCUAGUUUUUUUUUCGAAACGAAAUCGAUUGGAAAACAACAACUAAGCACUCGUUUAACUAUUAACAUAGAAAACAAAACAUUCAUAAAAACUUGCUUAAGAAAUAAACAAUUAAUAAAACACGAGUUAAGCAAAAAAAAAAAAAAAACAAACAGAGAACAACUGGAAUGACGGAAAACCCGCCCCCAAAACCACCUCUACCAGCCAAAAGCCCUAUUAAACUAUAAUAAAUGACAAUUUAUCAUAUGAAACAAAUGCCAGCAAAUCAUAAACACACACACACAUGCAUUGAUUAUUUUCAAUAAUCAUUAAAUAACUAAAAAUAUUUCGACUUAACUGCAAACUACUAUGUUAUAAAAUAAAAUUAACAAAAAAAGUUGAAAAAAAACUGAACAACCUCAUCUUUCCAAAGAGGAGACUAUCAUCCAUCACCAGACAACACCACCUCCUUUGUUGCGGACAAGUGAAAGUUGAUUGAUUUUGCAAGUCGUUCGAUAGACAAUUUUCAUGGACUGCAGUCGCAACCAAUACAAUUUAUAGUUUUCUUCGUUGCGGGAAAACAAUCAAAAAUCAAAAAAAAAAAAAAAAAAAAAAACACAAACUUGAGCAUAUACCAACCAAAUCCCACUUGGCCAAGUGUGGCUCUUACAUUGUUUUGUAAUUUGAUUUUUUUUUCUCCCCAAAGUUGCUUAUAAUAACUCUGGAAAUAUGAUGCUAUUAUCUGCUUUGAAAUUGGGUACUGGUAGUUCGCCCGCCCAAAUAUCACAGCGCAGCAUUAGUCCAAAUAAUUCAACGUCAACGAGUCAAUUUAGUUUGCAUCACAAUAGUUCUGGCAGUAUAGGUAGCUCAACACCCACAUCACUACACCCACAGUCAUCGGUAUCCACAUUUAAACAGUCACCAAAUUUAUUAAACGGUAACGGUUCAUUAUUGGAUAACACAAUGCCAGGUGGUAUACCAACUCCAGGAACACCAAAUUCAAAAGCUAAGGACAAUUCACAUUUUGUAAAAGUUGUCGUAGCUUUGUAUCCCUUCAAGGCCAUCGAAGGUGGAGAUCUUUCGCUGGAAAAGAAUGCCGAAUAUGAAGUCAUCGAUGAUUCUCAAGAGCAUUGGUGGAAAGUCAAAGAUGCCAUGGGCAAUGUCGGCUAUAUUCCCAGCAAUUACGUCAAACCCAAAGCACUUUUGGGUUUGGAACGUUAUGAGUGGUAUGUUGGUGAUAUGUCUCGUCAACGUGCCGAAUCUUUAUUAAAACAAGGCGACAAAGAAGGCUGUUUUGUGGUGCGUAAAUCAUCAACAAAAGGUUUAUACACACUAUCGCUGCAUACCAAAGUUCCCCAAUCUCAUGUCAAGCACUACCACAUCAAACAGAACGCUCGUGGCGAGUACUAUUUAAGUGAGAAACACUGCUGCGAAACCAUUCCCGAUCUAAUCAAUUAUCAUCGACACAAUUCCGGCGGUUUGGCUUGCCGCCUUAAAUCCUCGCCAUGCGAUCGUCCAGUUCCACCAACAGCCGGCUUAUCACACGAUAAAUGGGAAAUUCAUCCCAUGGAAUUAAUGCUGAUGGAAGAACUUGGCUCCGGACAAUUCGGUGUGGUGCGUCGUGGAAAAUGGCGCGGCUCUAUUGAUACGGCAGUGAAAAUGAUGAAAGAGGGUACCAUGUCCGAAGAUGAUUUCAUUGAGGAGGCAAAAGUCAUGACCAAAUUGCAACAUCCAAAUUUGGUGCAAUUAUAUGGUGUAUGCUCGAAACAUCGUCCUAUUUACAUAGUCACUGAAUACAUGAAACAUGGAUCCUUGUUGAAUUAUCUCAGACGCCAUGAGACGACGUUGAUUGGUAACAUGGGUUUACUGCUCGACAUGUGUAUACAGGUUUCCAAAGGCAUGGCCUAUUUGGAACGCCACAAUUACAUUCAUCGCGAUUUGGCCGCUCGUAAUUGCUUGGUUGGCUCCGAGAAUGUGGUUAAGGUAGCUGAUUUUGGUUUAGCACGUUAUGUGUUGGACGAUCAGUACACAAGCUCUGGUGGUACCAAAUUUCCUAUUAAAUGGGCCCCACCAGAGGUUUUGAAUUAUACUCGUUUCUCCUCAAAGAGUGAUGUCUGGGCUUAUGGAGUCCUUAUGUGGGAAGUAUUCACUUGCGGCAAAAUGCCUUAUGGCCGUCUAAAGAAUACUGAAGUUGUUGAGCGUGUCCAACGUGGUAUUAUUUUAGAAAAACCAAAGUCCUGUGCUAAGGAAAUUUAUGAUGUUAUGAAAAAAUGUUGGUCUCACGGUCCCGAGGAGCGUCCUUCAUUCCGGGUUCUCAAAGAACAAUUAGCCCUUGUGGCACAAACACUUACCGACUAAACUUCAUGAUGCUCUCCAGCAGCCCACCCUCACUAUUUUCUCACAUAUAAAUAUACAUUAAUGCUUGAACUUUAUCUCUCACCUAAAAACUCAACACUUAAUAUAAGAGCUGGCAACAGAACUCUUAUAUAGAGAACUCAUUAUAAGAUUAUCUUAAAAAAAAAAAGAUAAAAGAGAAAAGAUAAAUUUAAAUCAUGACCAUAUUUAUCUCAUUACAUUACGAUUAUUGAUAGAUAACAAAUGAAGGAAAAAAAAAACACAACUUAUAUAUAUAAAAGAAUAUAUAUAUGAUAUUUAUAAAAUGCCAAUUUAAGAAAGAUAAGAAAAAGCACUGAUGAAAGUAAAAUUUAGUAAUAAUUCUUUAAAAACAAAACAACAACUAAUCCAAAAAUGAGAAAAUGGUUUAUAUAUGAUUUGAUGAAAACCUUUAUGGAAAAUAAAACUACUAUGUAUGUAAGUUAGCUGAAAACAUUAAAUAUAUAUAAAUACAUAUAUAUAUAGAUGAGCGCUAGGGUCAUCAUCAGCAUAUAGAGACAAAACUCCAAGAACAGAUCUAUAAACAAAGUUUAUUAUGUUAAGAAAACAAAAUAUAUAGUGAAUAUUAUUUUGCGAUAUUUGAAAAAAAAAAAGAAAACAAAAUUCUGUGUUGUGGAUAUAAGGAAAUUCUAUAAAAGAAAAAUAUUUCAAAUUCUACAGUCAGUUUAUACAUAUAUCGUACUUUAGAGAUUUAAACUUAACUUGAAAAAAGACCCUUAAAUAAAUACUACAAAAACAAACACUCGAAAGUUAAAAACAUAACAAAAGAAAACUUUAAAGAUCAAUCAGUAUGUAUAUUAUAUGAUUAAGUGUGAUGAAAAACUGAUAAAAUUAAUUUACUUUACCAUUACUAUUAUUAUUGAAUAUUUUUGUCCUAGUAAUUAGAGAGACUUUUUGAUAAAGAACAAAAACAAAAGAGAAAUACAUUCGUAAUUAGAUUUUUAUACAAAAUAGAACGCAACAGCUAAGUACGAAAGGAAAAAUGUAUAAAAAUUUAGUUUGUAAUAUUAAUUUGCCAAUGUUUUUUUUUAUACAAGCGAACUGCAAAUACAUGUGCUUUUAAUAAAAAUAAAAAAAUUAUAUAUACAUACAUAAAUUAUUGUAAUAGUAAUUAAAACAGAACAACAACAAAAAUUGAAACAAAAAAAAAAAAAACAUGCAACAUAAUGAAGAAAUAUAAUCACCCAGGUUAAAAAAGAAUUUUUUCGUAGGGCGCUCCUUUGAUUAUUGUUUUUCUUAUUUAGAUUUAGGUAUCGAAUCCUGGCGAGACCAUUAGCAAAAAUUUUCAACGGUGGUUUUCCCCUCCUAAUGCUGGCAACAUUUGUGAGGUACUUUGCCAUGUAAAAACUUCUCCCCAAAGAGGUGUCGCUCUGCGGCACGCCGUUCGGACUCGGCUAAGAAAAGGAGGUCCCCUAGCAUUGAGCUUAAAAUUGAAUCGGACAGCACUCACUGAUUUGUGAGAAGUUUGCUCUUGUUCCUUAGUGGAAUGUUCAUGGGAAAAAUUAGCAAUUUUUUGAACUAGCCAUAUCUGUCCGUCUAUCAGUUAAAAUCACUUCACAGACCAGAGCUUAAUGAUGGCCUAAAUCUUGAUAUAGCACCCUUUAUACCGAUCUCCUAAUAAGAAUUCCUGAGGUAAUAAAAGUUAUAUUUUUGCCCCGGUUUCAAUAAAAAACUGUGCUGAGUAUGAAUAAAGAGAUAUCCUGAUUUAACGUCUUGAGCCAAUAAAUGUGCAUUUACCACACACUUUCACCGUUACGGUGAGUAUACAUUCUGAAUAUGGACCAGAUUUGACCAUAUUUGUAUGAGCUGCCAUAUAGCCCUAUUUUCCGAUUGAAGACAUUGAACGCAUAAAAGCCGUACUUCUUACUCAGAAUUUACGAAAUUUGGAAGAGGUAUCAUGAGAGGCCACCGUAGCGCAGAGUUUGGCAUGUCCGCAUAUGACGCUGAACGCCUGGGUUCGAAUCCUGGAGGGUACAUUCGAAAAUUUUUCAGCGGCGGUUAUCCCUUCCUCAUGCUGGCGACAUUUGUGAGGUUCUUUACCAUGGAGAAACUUCUCCGCAAAGAUUGACCCGAUGGAGUUCUUCAUCGGCAAGGGCUGCAGCCUCAGCGUACAACCAACAACAACAACAAAGUCAACAUGGGGAAAACCCACGUUUUUUUCAAAUUUAAGAUUAUUUAUUUCAUUUUUAAAGUUUUUAUGUCUUCAAUUAUUAAACGGAAAAUUAAAAAAUGUUUUUAAAUCUAUGUAAAGACCAAUCGGAUCUAUCUGCCGGUUUAGAAUUUGCUUUAUAGGCACACAUGUUCUUGUUGUUGCCACAUUUGCAUGUGGAGGUUGCGAUCCUAGUCAAGCUAUUAUAGGCGAGCAAGCUCGUUCCGGUCUAUACAACAGACCGCCGCGGGCGGUCGUUUAGAGGCAGGCGCCAAUAUCUCGCCAUGUCAUAUUGACCAUUACAGGCACUAAGUAUGUAAGCAAUAGCCGAUGCCAUCCGGUCACUCAUUGAGACUCUCCGCUCAAUACCGCUGAUUGUCCGCGACUUCAGUUGCAGCUACUCCGUAUGGUGCAUUUCACUAUCCGCAACCUGUGGACGCGCCCGGUAGCUCCAGCUGUGCUUCUCGUUAUAACGAAGAACACAACACAGAUUGCAGCUCAAAAUUCCAACCUGUGUGUUGCUUAUUGUUAUUCCGUGCCGGCAGGCGGACAUGUUAACACUCUGCGCUACGGUAGCCUCCAUUGGGCAUUAACUUGUGUCGGACAGCACUCAUUGAUAUGUGAGAAGUUUACCCCUGUUCCUUAAUGGAAUUUUCAUGGGCAAAUUUGCGUUUUGAGUUUUUAGAUCACUCAGCAACACCGGGUAUGGUCCGAAUCCGGCCUAUUUAGUUCGAUUUCCAUUAAGGUGCAUUUUUUGUCGUCUUCAUAUGAACAUCUUAUUUUACAGCAUUACUUUAGUGAGGAGAUACUCAUAACAAUUUUCGCCAAAAUUCGAACCCAGGUUCAGGGUCAUAGGCGAAAAUGUAAACCUGUGCGCUCCGGUGGUCUGUCACUUUUUAAAAGACGGAGACAGACAGCACGUAUGUCACUGAUGAAAGCAAUUUUCAUUCCAACGGAGUAUAUCUAUGCCCCUUACAAAACUUGAUGUCUCAUUUCUCUGCUUGCUUCGGCUUCAAAUGCCACUCAUCUUAGUGGUGUUCAUUUGCAAACAACACCCGAUGUCCGUCGACCAAAUUGAAAAUCACAUCCACUGAACUAUUACUAAAGUGUUCGACCAUCUCUCAUUCUAUUGUAUAUGUGCGUGUGUUUCUACCUUACUUUGUUUUUAUGUGGCAUGCGAUACAGACAAUUGCUUUGGCCAAAGUGGCUUAUGAGUGGAAAAUUUUGGGUCUCAUGCUGUUCUCAGUGGUGUUCAAUUACGGACAUCGUGCCGUCGACCAAAUUGAAAAUAUCAUCAACUGAAAGAUUACUAAAACGUUCGCGCAUCUAUCUCUUACUCUAUUGUAUAUGUGAGUGUGUUUCUAGCCAACUUUGUUUUUAUGUGGCAUGCGAUACACACAACUGCUUUGGCCAAAGUGGCUUUUGAGUGCCAAGUUUUGGGUCUCAUGCAGUUCUCUGGUCUAAACCAGCUUAACUUUGACUUGGAAAUUUUUGUAACCCCUUCCCGAUUUCAUAAUGUUUUUACUAUCUCUAAAAGUCCCUUUCAGGAGAAAAACAAUUUUUAUAGUUUUUUUGCCACUGAAAAUUUUGUCAAUUAAUAAUUUUGACAAUUUUUUUUUAAUUUUAAAAAAAUUUCUUCAUUGUAACGCUGGUUUACACUGUAUCUAUCAGGAUUUUAAAAUACUAGAUAUCAAUCUUUUUUAAAAAUUGUUGUAAUGUUAAAAAUUUCUAAAUCUUCUUCUCAAUAUUUAAAAAACUUAUUAUUAUUUAUAUCACUAUCACAAAAAAAUCUAUAAUAUUUGCAAAAAACUACCUGAGUGAAACUUUGUGUUGCAUAAUCGUAUACAACUCCUAAAACAUGUUGUAAGCAAAUUAGUUAUAAACAAGAACAUUGCUUUCGGCUGCUCUGCUUUUUUACAAAUCUGCUUCAAAUUAAAGAAAUACUACGUGUUUCCUUUGUUGUUUAACAUUUUCGGUUUUGAUUUUAUUGUUUAAAAGUUGCUUAAAACUCGCAAGCGUUUUAUUUCCUAAAUUUUAAGUAUUUUUUUUCAUAUACAUUAUAACAUACAAUAUUGAUAUAUAUAAUUUGUGAUUUAUAUUUAAUUAUUUUGCUCUUUGCUAGUUUUUAAGAUAAAAUCUAAGCAAAAGGAGCAGCAAGAAAACAAGAGUUUUGUUCAGUUUUUCUGCACAAAUACUCGAAUAAUUUGUGUGUGUUUAUUAUUAUUUAAACAUUUUUUAUUAUUAUAAAUUUUAAUUUUUAAUUAUGAAAUCAUAUCAAAUGUGAAUUAUUGUUUGUUUAUUUAAUUGAAUUCUUUUUUUUUUUUAAUUAUUUCAUAAACACUCCAAAAGAAAAAUUAUUCUAAUAUUUAACCAACUACCAUCACUUGCAUUUUAUUGUAUUCUCAUUUGUUUAUCGUAAAUAGAGAAGCGAAAAGCGGGAAUUAUUAUUGAUUUUUAUUAUUGAUUGCUCUACAAAAAAAAACACAAGUUUGAGUGUUUGGAUUUUUUUUUGAAAUUAGGUUUUUAUUCUUAUUUUAUUAAUUUUGUGUACAUUUUAAGCUGUAUUAAUUAAUUUUUUUAUUA